AUGGAAAGAUUGGCAACAGUUGAAUAUAUUUCUCCAAUAAAACCUGAAGAUACUCCUAUUGAAGAUCCUGUCAUAACUGGCUGCCAAUCUUCAGACGAAGUCAGCAAUGAUAUUAACCCAGAAAUUGACAAUUUUUUAGAAAAUAAACUGGCAGAGGGAAAUGAAAAUACUAUAAAAAUUGAUGACCAAAGCGUCUUAUUGGACUCUCUACAUAAUGAAACUGUUUCCAAAAUAAUGAACCUUUACUAUGACGAUAAAAUAUAUGACGCUUUAUUAGAGCUUAACCAUUUCAAAUCAUCCUGUGGAGGAAAUAUCAACCACUACCCUGACUUAUUAGAAAUAGAAAAAGAUUACCAAGAAAUCCAAGCAAUUUAUGACCAAUUUGAAGAUAAAGAAGCCUGAACCCCAGUUCCUUCGAAAGACCCAAUCAAGCUGAGUUUUAAAGCAGUCCCUGGCACUCCUACUAUAUCUAUACUUUCAGAAACUGAAUUUGAGGUCCCAGUCUUCAAUAUUCUGACACUUAUUUAUGAGCAUGACCUCUAUCCUCUAUGAAUCCCUUUCUGUAAAAAAUCUUCAUUAAUAAAACAGCUUUCGAGGGCCAGAAAAAUUUUAGCCCAAGACUUUAACGUUAGCAAAAUCGCCAGAAGGGAAACCUGCUUAUAUGGGUUUGGGGCUGAUUUAUUGCAAACUCAUGGAGCCAUUAUGAUUAUUUGUAGAUCUUGUGACAAUGAGGAUACUUUUAAAGGAGUCGCUUUGCCUCCUAGAGGAAAAGCUAUAAGGGCGAAAGUGACAUUUCUUGGCUGUAUGAUAAAGCCUAUAGAUAGAUGCAGGACUUAUGUAAAAUUUAUAUCAAAUUUUGACCCAAGCAUAAAGUUUCUUCCUUAUUCGAUUUUAAAUUAUUUUACGAAAAAAUUGGCAAAAAUUGGGUUUAGGCUUAUAAUUAAGCAUGCGAAAAAUUUUGAAGGGAGUGAGUGGCAGAAAAGGCUGGAUGCCCCGGAAAAUAGAGAAUUGUAUGGUCAUAUAGAAAGAGUACUGGAAAAUUAUUAUAUGCUAUUUAGGGUUUUUAAAGAAUUUUAAUAAGCAGAUGAUCCUAUAUUUUUGGAGAUUAAGAAUUUAGAUUUUAUUUUAAUGAUUUAUAAUUGAAGGUAUGUAAUAUUUCAAAAGGAUUGUAA